AUGGCCCGCAAGAACUCCACCGCGCACUGGCUACGCAUCCUGGAGAUCAUCAACGAAGCGAACAGAGGAGGCGGAGAGCAAGAUGAGAAGAAACUUUCCCGCGAGAUCGACGAGGACAGCAGCGAAGGGGAAGAAGAAGACGAAGAGCAAAAAAAAGAGCGCGGAAACGACGGCAUCUUCCGCUGCCCACCAGAAUCAGAGUCCCCCCGGCAAGAGAUCUGCGAGGGGCCCCUCGCAAGACCACCGGUGCCUGAAGACGAAGACAUGGCCCGCCUGAUACAAGAGGAAAGAGCGCAGCUGCAAGGCUUCCUGUGCAGGGAGAAUUGCCCACCAAAGGCCCUCAUGCGAGAGUGGCUCCUCAAAGCGGCAAUCGAGCCAGACACAGAGACCCAGCGACGAUUCGGGCAGGUGAUGAGACAGAUGAACUGGACGUACGCAAAUCUGGGCUGGUUUCACUACCGGUCCAUCCUCAACCUUUGGCGGUCCGGCACAGCGGCGCCUGAGGACGCCUACGACGCACAGCGCGAAGCCGGCAUAAAGCUCUACGGACGAGGCGGAAGACAAUGCAUGCAGUUCAACUACUACGUUCUCCACUACACGAUGUGCGGAGAGGACUUCACCCGAAGACCUCCCCUGGCAGCCUGGGGUUUUACCAGCGAAAUCCAGCUCGUGUGGGACGGCAUCGGAGGCGAGGAAAAAAGGCAGCUGUGUGCCGAGCACUCGCAGUGCAUAGCCACGCAACCACGACGCCGAGAACCGCAACCGCAGCACCGUUGGCACGAGCAGCAGAAAGAAGGCGCAACCCGCAGGGCAGCAGCGCCCGCCCGGUCAUGGAAGAGGCACAACCAGUGCCCGGGCUAUAAGCGAUCGCAAGCCCCAAAGUCCGAAGACCCGACUGCAUCCAAGGACAAGCCACACAAGGCGGCAAAGCUAACGGCGAACGGCUGCCCUGCAACAGCCGAGGAAGUCGGCCACCGGGCAGCACGAUUCAGCCGCGAACAGCAUCCACCGCGGACACCGGACGCCCGUCCACGAGACCGGGCUCUACGCAUCGUGCUACACUGGCACCUCGAACCAGGACUGCAUCAGCGACUCCAAGCAGAGCUCUGGCACCAGGCUUGCCAAACGUGGUGGCGAAGCUGGAAGGCCGACGGCUGUCCCGCGAGCUACACGCAAGAGGCCAAAGCGGGCAUGAUCCAGAUCGCGGCCCACCACGCACAACAUCCGGCCCGCAUGAUCUCGACAAGCAACACCUUCGCCAGUCCUUCCAUCCGGCUGGAACUUCGGAAAGCGCAGAUCGCCCUGCUGGAGGCUUCCGAAAGCGACAUGCGCAACACAAUCGGGAAAAGCCGAAAUGAAGUUUGGUUCACCGCGCAUGGAUGCGACCAGGGCAGAAGCAGCGACGAGAACCGCCACGGCGGGCACAACAUGUCCCGGAAGCCUGCCACCCGCACCGAAGGAGCAAGCGCCGGAUUGCCGUCCCACGCAGCCGACGACCGCCGCCGGAACCCCAGAGACAGCAAGCUUCGGUCGUGGCAAGCUACGAGCACCACUGCCGCGACCGAGGACACACAGGCAGAAGCCCCGCAACAAGACGACGAGCUGACCGCGACGGCGAAGGCCACGCUGCAAGCGCCUCCGUCCACAAAAGAAGAAGCCGCAGGGGAAGCCCCGGAAGCCCCGGAAAACCCCGGAAGCCGCGAAAGCAGCGGGUGCCGCGUCCCCGACACCCAGGUGACGCUGCAACAGGACGUUAUGGAUGACGAAGAAAAGAAGACGACUCCAGAGAAGACACCGACGCUCGGAGACCGGAUCAUGGUGACGCAAGAAGCCUGGUUGGCGCUCCUGCUGAAUGGAUGGAAGACCAUGGAAGUCCGCAGCAGUCCGGCGCCGCCAGGACCCAUCUGGCUGGGCUACGCCGGCCGCUUAUACGGCUCCGCAACAAUUAGCGAGUGCCGGAAGCUGGCACCGGAGGAUUUCGAAAGCACCAGGGAUCAGCACCGGCACGUGGGCCGAAUCAACCAGGACGACACGCUGUACGGCUUGCUGCUGACGGACGUCGUCCCGCUAGCACAGCCAAGAGACUUCUACCGCCCCCCAACUUCAAAAUCCUGGGAGGUCUUCCGCAACGGGAGUGAGCUCGCCAGGCAAAGCGGCCCGAACCCCGCGGCCCGAGCUACGACGCCGAGCCUGAGCACGGACAAAAAGCCCGGUGCAGAUGGCGAGAGGCACGGCCCCGAGUCCAGCCAGCACGGCAUGACUCGCAAGGAACACGGCAGCCGCGCCAUGCCCCGACGGACGCCGUGGGCAGACAUGGAGGAUAGCAGCAACACGGAGACUGCCCGCGCCCCAGCUCCAUCGGCCGCACACGCAGCCUCGGCAAGCGAGCUUCGCUCAUCAGGCAGAGAAAACGUCCGCAGCAUCGGCACGGACCAGCGAGGACCCGCGGACGGAACCGCACGUCAGAGACGCAGGACAUUGCGAACAGAGGGCAGAAGAGAAACGAGCCGCCAGGAGCAACAGGCCGAGAACGACGUGAAAGCCUCGCAGCCCCAGAAGUGGAUGGCGGAGCAGAAGACACGCUGCAGCCGCAAGAAAGAGAGCCAGCAGCGGCAAGGCUCUCAGGAACGCCACCAGGACCUUUUCCGACGCCACGCAACACCAGACGAUCCCACUCCAACACUUCGCGGCCGGCGCCGACGCGGCACGGAGCCCCUGCCUCAGGACCCUGCAUAUAGCAUCGGCCUCAGAAGCCCAGCGCCAAGCCCCAGAAACACCGCGCCUGCUGCGACCGAAGGCGAGCCGCAGCAACCUGACGGGCAAGCCUACUACUACAGCCUACACGAAGAAGUCCAGCAAUUCGUCCAGGCAGUCAUGUACCACGAGCUGGAGCAAGAACAGCUCAAGUGGUGGCAGGACACCCUCAAAGAACGAUGCCGCUACCACCGCUUCCCGUGUCGAACCUGGUUCGAGCUCGUCUACAAGUGGCAGCCAGUACUGGCGCCACCAGAACCAGCAAGCAGCGCCAGAGCAGAAGGGGAUCGGGCACAGCCGCUGGCAGCAGACGGCCCGCCCCAACCGCAAAGCUCGCAAGCCCGGCCAAGGCCGCAAUCCUACAGCAUCCCGUGCUACGUCCCCAUCAUGCUGAACUACGAGCACGACGGCUGUCCCGGGCAAAAACCCAGCAUAAGCCUGCACCGAGUCUAG